CGAAAGUUUCAUUUUUUUCUGAAAUGCCCAAAAAGAAAUGAUGGCGAAUGGACGCCGGAACGGCCACGCCACUCGCGCCGUUGCCACUGCAUGAAUUCUCCGAUGCCGCUCGUUGCGCGGCGGCCCAACGAGUUUCUCCGCCAAUCGCAUCCAGUCGACGCCUUGGGCGCUCCGCCGUUGGCGGCUCGGCUGGGUGCUGAUGCGACCGUGACCUCGUUGCUUCCUGGCGUCUCGGUGCUCAUCUGCCCACCGAACUCUCUGGCGCGUUUAAUUUUGCGCAUAGCAGGAGCGGUGGAUUUAGAGUGACGACUCCGCGGACUCCGACCGAGAUGGAGCAAAUCGCAGCAAAGCUGCCCUCUUUGGUGCCGCCGCAGCCCCGCGACGAGCUCGUGGUGGAGAUGACCGGGGCGGAGAAGGGGAGGGAAACGGUGGAAGCGAGGAGGCGGCCUUUGGAAAGGUCGACGGUGGAAGUGAAGGGAGCAGGAGGGAUCCUUGUCAUCGGCGGACUCCUGGCUGCUGCCGCCGUCGCCGCCGGAGCCACCAUCAUCGCUCGCAGGGCGCAUGCGCUACGCCCGCCGGCGAGCGAGAAAGAGUGGGUUGAGGGUUUCAACGGCGACCAUAAAUCGGAACAGAGCCAAAUUGAUCGAUCCGUCGGUAUCCCGGAGGACAAUCGUGUUUCUGUCAAAUCGAAGGACAAUUUAUUUGAAGAUGAUACUUGUAAUGGUGCUAAAGAACUUCCGAAUGGCAGAGUGUUGGACAUGGACCAAGUUAAUGAGAAAUUUUGCAGGUAA